AUGGGCAGCGACCCUGCGACCGCUGUCGUCGAUACGGAGAUGAAUGUCAUUUUGAAGAACGCCAGAAGCGCCGGACUUUGGGCCGUACCUCGUCAUUCUCUUUACCACGAGCUAAACGACCUCAAGCCCAAGCACCAUGCAUCAGCAACGAGAUACCGCCACGUCUCCCCCGCCAAGGGGCCAUACACUCCAUCCCAAGGCUCAGCUGACUUGCCAGAUCUCAAUGGCUUUUUUGUGGGUGGCCCGGAUCAAAUCGCUGCUCAAGCUGCAGCGCCUAGCUACCAGCGGCCGCUUGACCCCAGAGCUCCGAAUUGGGAAAGCUUGCUAGGUGUUGAGGAUUUGAAUAUCGGGGCGGACUUGGAUGCAUCUAUAUGGUCGGACAUUUUGAAUUCUCAAUCGGCUAUUGAUCGCUUCGAUAAUAUCUGGCUAAGUUCAACCCAGCCGCCUAUGGUGCAAGAUGUGGAAGCAAAUCCCUCCCAGAUGCCUACUCCUCUCACGCCGGCUGCCCUGGCUGAAAUCUACAAUCGUGGUUGCUCUCCUGGCCCCAGCGACCAAGAGGCCAUCGAGCCUCGCCAAUACCACCCAACCGCAAUCGACGUCGACGCGCAGUUAACAUUUCCAGACCUACGGCAGACCAGCACGGAACAAAUCGACCAAGAGGAUCUCGCUCAUGUUCAGGAAACACAACAAACUGUUGUAGAUGAAGUGGCUAAGUUAGCAGCAAAUUUGGCGUCAAACUCACUAUUCCCACCAUUCAAGGAACUUGAAAUUCCGCCUGCUCCAAUUCUCAACGCGUGGACACAGCUCUACUUUGAACAUUUCCACCCUGUCUUCCCAAUACUUCACCCAGCCUCAUUUGGAUACCCCGACACUCAUUGGCUGUUAGUAUUCACUGUCAGCGCUAUUGGGGCUCAAUUCUCCCAGAUACCUCGUGCACCAACUUGUUCAAGAGCCAUGCAUGAAAUGAUUCGCCGACAGUCGAUGUUUCUAUGCGAAACCCAGAACAAGAAUGGUCGAGAAUUAUGGUUGACGCAGGUUAUUUUACUCAAUCAUAUUGGCUUGAGAUAUUCUGGAGAGCGAAGGGCGCUAGAGAUCGCAGAAAUCCUGCAGGCCCUCCCGGUUACUCUAGCUCGACGAAAGCAACUUUUCACAGAUAUCUUGUCCGCAAAGAAAUUGACAGAACUCGAUCUUUCACUUCGGCAGAGGUGGCAAAUAUGGACUCUUGAUGAAGAACGAAGAAGAACUGGAUUUGCUAUAUGGCUUGUUGAUUCAGGAUUUCAAUGUCAUUUCGAUCUAACCCCAGUCUUAUGGGUCGGAGAACUUACUAAUUCGCUACCCCGACGCGAGGACCCGUGGUCCGCUUCGAGCGCCGGAGGCUGGGCCAGCUAUUCUACACAUCCUGAUCCGGAGAGUCAGGUCACCCUGCAACAAGUCCUUGCUAAUAAUUCCUGGGUAACCGCAUGGAACGGAACCGGCGUACUCGGCAAGCAAGCGCUUCUUCAACUGCUGAUGAACGUUGUAUCCAAUGACGCCAGGCAUCUAUCUUUCUCUCAGGCUCAGUAUACUCUGAGCCCACAAGCUGCCGAGGAAUUACUCAAGGGCUUUUUGGCUUCCUUAGAGGACGAAGAGUUAGGCAUUUCAGCAACAGAACGUAAGGCUUGCGGCGCCUACCGGCUCAUGAUUCUCUCGGCUCUAAUGUCACGCAAUACUCCUCAAUUCUCGCUUCUCGCCACGGCUAUGCGCAUCAGAUAUCAGCGUUGCAGCGAGAAAGAAUUUAGCGAAAUGACCUCAGAAUGGAGGAAGGCACCACAAGAACGUCGGCGAGCCGCUCUAUACGCGGCACGCAUCAUCGAAUCCGUCCGCGGACAAUAUUGUGCGCAUUUCUCAACGCCAGUGCUAUUGUUCCGCGCCACUUUGACUCUGUGGCUCUAUACCAUUCUUGAUCCCCUGCCUUCAGAUCAACAUACAGCUGCGUCGCCCACAGUGAUUUUAGGAGGUUCAAGAAUGAAUGAUUCAGUUCAAAAGCAAUGGGUAGAAACCGGGACCGGUCGUGUGAAGCUCCAAGGGGUUGGAAACAUUUUUACCCCAAAUGGCCGUGGGCGACUCCUGGACGAGUCAAUAUCUGUGAUGCAUACCAUCCACUCGUGGGGAAUCAGCAAAAUAUAUGAGCAAUUGCUGAGCCAAUUACGAUAG